AUGAAAUUCACUCUCGGAGCCCUCCUUAUGGUGGCGCAAGCCACCAUGGUCUUCAGCGCGGCCGCCCCUGAAGCCAAGAAUGACCUCGGACUCAACAAGCGAGCCGACUGCCCAUACAAGGACCAAUUCGGCUGUGACAACGGUCGGUGCUGGGGUCCGUGCGGGUAUGAUCAGGACACACAAGGUCGUGGAGGUUGGGCUUGGUUGGAGAACUCCCAAACACAUGAAUCGGUCUCAUGCACUCAAGAAAAUUAUCAGUCGGUGUGUGACAACGGGGCAAACCAAAUCCCCAAGGGUGCUAUCUUCAACUAUGGGACCGCCGAUGAUAGCUGUCACUGUUAA